AUGGAGGCAAAUUAUUUGCGUCAUAUGAGUCGGGAAAGAAGCCGUAAACGUCAGCGGUCCUCUUCAACAACUGAAACAGAGUGUCAAAAUAUUGAAAUUCCGCGUGCGAAUUCAAAACGUCAGUCGAUAUCGUCCUCUUCUCAAGUUGCUGAUAAUGAGUAA